AUGGACGCGAUGGUGAACGAGAUGAGCAAGGCGUACGAGGAGCUCGUCGCGGCGGCGAAGGCCGCAGCGGAGGCGGAGGAGCAGCCGGCGGGCGGAGAGAACACGGCGGCGGCCAAGGACGCGGCGAGCGAGGCCCUCAGGCAGCGCUUGGACCUCUUCCACGCCGCCUGCGACAACGCCGAGGGUCUCGUCGACUCGAUUCGCCGCCGGUACGUCGGCUUUGUCGACGGGGACAACGGCUCCUCCGCCGCCUCGUCUUCUUCUUCAUCAUCAUCAUCGUCGCCGCCUUCCUCGGUCUCCCCAUGCGCAACCCUGGCGCUCCCCGACGACGCCAUCCGCCGCAUCCUCCUCUACCUCCCCUCCGCCGCCUCGGCCGCGCGGGCCAGCCUCGUCUCCCGCUGUUGGCGAAACGCCUGGGCCACCCUCCCGGAGCUACGCUUCCACGACGUCACCGACCUCGCCCGCGUCAGCGCGGCCCUCCGCCUCCGCGUCGCCCCGGUCCACCUCCUGCACAUCGAGAGCAACGACCCCGCCCCGGAGAAGAUCGCCGCCGUCCUCGACUUGGCCGCGCCCCGCCUCGAAGGCAAGCUCCGCUUCGACAUCAUCACGCCGGCGGGCCGAAAUUCCGCGGCGGGGACGGCGUUUCAGAUCCCGUGCUUCGACAAGGCCACGGAGAUCACCAUCAACCUACCCGACCACCUUGGCAUCCGGCUGCCUCCAGCCGGCGUCUUCGCGAAGCUCACGGUGCUGCGCUUGAGCCACUUCAGGCUGGACAGACAGAACCAGCGCGAUCUCGGCGGUGCGGUCUCAUCGGAGGGGUGUCCUUCGCUACAGCAGCUCUUCCUCAGCAAAUCCCAUGUCUCGUCAGAUCUUGCCAUCCGCUCGGAGUCUCUCCUCUGUGUUCGUCUGCUUGACCUGCAAGGCUUGGAGCGGCUCAAGGUUGUUGCUCCUAUGCUUAAAGAACUAGGUGUGUUCCGUUGCUUCAACGUGACUUUGCCAAUAGCUGACAUAUCUGCUCCGGCGGUUGAGGAUCUUCAGUGGAUUGGUGUGUUCGAUCGGCUCUUGGUCCAAUUCGGUGUGAUGCCACGCCUCUGGAGGCUCGCUGUCUGGGGCCUACUGUACAUUCCAUCAACUAUUCAACAUUUGCAGUCUCUGUCACUCCUGAAACAUUUUGUGGCAGCCCGGCAUGUUCAUCUCACUCUGGUUUAUCCACCUGGAAUGGUUAACUAUGUUCUCUUGGUGAAAGCAGUGAAAAUGCUCCCUGCCGUCGAAAUCUUUUCUCUGAUAUUACGUAUAAGGAGGCAUGCCUUUGGACCUUGUCUAUUCCAUUUGCUUAAGAUGUGUACCGGUAUAAGGGAGCUGAAUCUGGACUUUGAUGAUCGUGAUCGCAUUAAGGCUGAACAGAUUCCUUGCUCAUAUGGCUGCACUUGUCACGAGCCUCACGACUGGGAAACCAUGGAUAUCCGCUUGAAUUUUCUCCAGAAAGUUGAAAUCAACAAUAUGAGUGGAGCCGACUGUAAAAUAUUUUUUGUUAACCGACUGUUGAGAUGGGUGCCAAUGCUCAAGACGAUUACUCUAACUUUUGAUCAUUCAGUACCAGUCAGCAAGGAGGUGUGUAAGGAGCUACUUAGCUUCUGUAGCCCAGGGAUUUGUAUGGAAAUUUACUUGCACUGCAAUGGAGAUAAGGUGAAGUAUAGCGGAGUGAACCUGAACAGGCCUGCCUAGUGAUGAGUAUCUAUACAAUGAAAUGGCGACCUGGAGCCCAUGAUAUUCAGUUAAAGGAGCACCUUGAUCUCCAAAACCCACCAAUUUCCACUCCUGCCUUUCAGAUCUACUAGGGUCAAGGAUGUUCGUCUCUCAUGGUGUAGGGCUUGUUGUGUGUACUUGGUUUCAACGCAUGCAUGCAACUCAGGCAAUCAGCAACUUGGGCCCAAUCUGUGUUUACAUGCUCUGAAGAAUGUUUGGAACAUGCAUUUGGAUGUUUUCAUGCCGCUGGUGAAAAUUGUCGUAUCGAAAGUUUGCAAGGUUCCACUCCCUGUUCUCUACUUCUGACUUCUGUCAUAGCAAGGUUCCACUCCCUGUUUCCAGUUUCUCUGUGAAUUCAAAAGCCUAAUCCAGCUUCUAGACCUUAGGCAUUGUCGCAUCGACAUUGUGAAUUCAUAACCUCCACCCAGCUGUGUUGGGGACUUUGUAUAAGCUGUACUAGAGUAUAUGUAAAUUGUAAAAUUGAUUUUUUUUCCUUUUUUUUGAGGUACUUCCAAACAUCAAUCGGCUUAUAAACUUCAGGCAGGCAAAAGGUUUCUUGAUGGUAGAUGAACAAAUUGGCAUCGACUGUGUGGCAAGAGGUCAAUUUUUGUUAUGGUCUCAAAACAGAAACAAAAUCGA